AAGAUUGCUCUCUCCCUUGACGGCAGGGCUGUUUCCUUGAGCCAACUUUAAGGGUUGUCUCACUCUUUCUGUGUCUGUUGUUUUUUUUCUUUUCUUCUUUUUCUUGGGAGUUGGGAGUAACUCCCUUCUCCUAGGGAGGAUACAUCAUGAGCAGAGGUUCAAAAGGAUCCAAGAGCUUGGAGAACUCACCCAGCUGCCUUUUGAGCAAUCAAGAAAAUGAGCGUGUCUUUGACCAACUAGGGCGGAAAUGUGUGUCCUUGGCCUCCACUGUGGCACAGCUUUUUGUGGCUCCUCCUGAAAGCAGCAAUCGCUGGUGUCUGCAAAACACUGGAAUGGUGUGCUUCGUCAAGGACAAUCCCAAGAGAUCCUACUUCCUCCGCCUGUAUGGUAUCAAUGAUGGGAACCUUAUCUGGGAGCAGGAAAUAUACAACCAGUUUAUGUAUCAUACACCAAAACCUUACUUUCACACCUUUGCUGCAGACGACUGCCAGGCUGCCCUAAACUUUGCAGAUGAAGCUGAGGCAGACAUUUUCAGACAGCAUGUUGAAGAAAAGAUCCAGCAAAGGGCAAAAGGAAAAGACAGAAGACAGCGUCCCCCACCUCCCCCCGUCGGUGAAGACAGGAGAGGUAUCCCGCCCCCACUGCCACCUCCAAAUGCUAAUGGCCCUGGAAUGCUUCUUGGGGGUCACUCCUCAGUUCCAAUGGUCACAGUUGACAUUCAGAAUCAAGAUUUUAUGUCAUCACAAAAUCGCCUCCCUGCAUCUUCUUCAUCUUCGGAAAAAGGCAAAAAGAGUAAGAAGAAAGACAAAAAGAAGCUGACGAAAGCUGACAUCGGAGCUCCCAGUGGCUUCAAGCACGUCACACAUGUAGGAUGGGACCCCAACAAAGGAUUUGACGUAAAUAAUCUGGACCCAGAUCUAAAAGAUCUGUUCUCCAGGGCUGGCAUAAGUGAAGAUCAACUAACCGAUGCAGAGACCUCUAAAAUGAUCUAUGACUUCAUCGAGCAAUCUGGAGGACUGGAGAGGGUGAAGGCAGAAAUGAGGAAACAAGAUCAAGGUCCUCCACCACCUCCUACUCGCUCAGGUCCUCUUCCUCCUGUUCCCUCAUUGACUUCCCGAGGACGAUCAGGACCUUUACCGCCAGUUCCAGGACCUCCACCACGUGGACCCCCACCUUCAAGGGGUCCAGCUCCAACAUCAAAUCGAAGUGUCCCACCACCACCACCACCCAGUUCUCGAACAAACCACCCACCACCUCCACCUCCUCAGCCAAUAUCUCAUCAAGAACAUCAUUUUCCUCCACCUCCACCUCCUUCUGUAGCAGCCACAGCAGCAGCACCCCCACCUCCUCCUCCACCACCUCCUCCACCUCCAGCUCCAAUGAGCGGACCACCUGCUCCAGCAUUACCAAGCCCUGCUCGUAGCACACCUGGACCUGCACCUCCCUCAGGAGGAAGAGGAGCAUUACUGGACCAAAUACGGCAGGGAACAAAACUGAAAAAUGUAACAGAAAACCCAGAAUCUCCCUCUUCUGCUCCCUCAUCUGAGAGCAAUGAAGGCAUAGUGGGGGCCCUCAUGAUGGUUAUGCAGAAAAGAAGCAAAGUCAUUCACUCUUCAGAUGAAGGGGAAGACGAUGGAGGCGAUGAUGAUGAUGAUGACGAAUGGGAUGACUGAUUCACCGUUUCCUUGGCGCUGUUCCUUUUCUGCCAUCAUUUAUCAUGCAUGUCAUUAGCAAGUUUAAACCAUUUACUGUUUUAUUUUUUCCAUCAGCAGUUGGGAUGGUUAAAAGACAUUUGCAUAUUUUAGAACAUUUGUUUAUGGAGAACAAUAUCCUCAUUGAAAGCUAUGAUGGUAUCUUUAAAUGGAAAUAAAAAAAAAAA